CCAUGCAGGUUGAAGAGCUCCGAGUUGCUCAUUCGUCGUGUGACUCCGACGAAGAAGGUGCGUCAGGGAGAGAGAGAGAGGAUUACAACAGCCGACAAAAAAGUUUUGCCUUUGCCCAUCUACGAUCUCUCAUUUUCGAAAGCGCCGACAAGACUGUCCUUAGAACGAAGAGCGUCCUUAUACCUUUGCCUAACCACGUCCUCUGCCACGAUGCCCGCCCCAGCUGACAGCGGCCGUCGAAAUGCCCUGCCCGUUCUCUACACAAGCGGCACCCAUUACGACGUAGGAUACGAUAUUGGUCGCACCUUCCGCGGCAUCAUCGAGGACUUCCUAGCAUCCUUCAAGGAACUACACGAUAGCCUCCUGCCGGCGUAUGAGACAGCUGAAGGCAAGGCAGCCUACGACCAAACCCUCGCCGUCCUGCAGGAGAAUUACCCGCAGUAUGUGAGGGAGAUCCAGGGCACGGCUGACGGCGCCAAGGUUCCUUUCCAUCACUUGAUGCUCCUGCACAUGGACCAGAUCGUCCCCAUGAAUUCAGGCCAGGCACGCUCCUCCGGCACCAACGGCUGCUCCUCCAUUUGCUCCAACAAUGAGGGUCAGGUCCUUCUCGGCCACACGGAAGACGCCCUUCCGGAGACCCUAAACCACGCCUACUUGGUGAGCGCCCACAUCCAUGAGGAGGAACCGCAGGGCAAGAACGGCACGAAGACGGAGGGCUUCACGGCGCUCUGUUACGCAGGGCAUCUCCCGGGCUUCUGUAUGGGAUACAAUCACCACGGUCUCGUUUAUUCCAUUAACGUCAUCAGCCCCAAGAAGGUUUUGGCGGGAAAAACACCCCGCCAUUUCUUGUGUCGAGCUCUCCUGGCUGCCGAGACGAUGAUGCAAGCUCAGCAAAUUCUGCGCGACCGAGGGACGGGUUCUGCCGACGGCUUCAGUGUCAACAUGAGUUUCACGAGGCAAGAAGGCGACCACCUCUUCCAUAAUGCCGAAGUGGGACCUGCAGAAGAAAGCGACGAGAGCCCCAUGUCUAUCCUCACCAUAAGCCCAGGGGAGCAUCUGCUACAUACGAACAAGUAUCUUCGCCUGGAGGUGCCUGAAGACGAGGGGCUUUGUAUGGAGAGUAGCAACCACCGACACACCCGCGCCCAUAGCUGCUGCCCACCCACAACACGCGCCGCUUUGCUGGCCCUGCUCUCCGACACCGAGGACGCCACCUAUCCCUUCUUCAGGGAGGGCGGGGAUCCUGACUUCGUUAAGACCGUCACGCUCGGUGUGUUCGACUUAGAGGAGAAGACGUGGACGCUGUGGAUGAAGAAUCCCCGAUCCGCCGACCCGCUCGUCACGCUUCCUCUCGUCUUCAAAUGGUCCAACUAACUCUCCCUUCCUCCAACAGCUUCUCUCCCUCGGGCUGAAUUCCGACGAAUCUCGAGGCCUGCUUCGGCCCUUCACCCGAAUCAGUGUGCGGGCAGACUACUUUUCACCUUUACAAAGUUCCUUCGGGUUGUAAAUUGUUAAUCUCCCGCGGGUCUAUUUGCUGUACACGUCAGGGUUCUGUACGAAUAUCAUUUUAUAUGACUGUUAUCUUUUUACACUGAAGAUAUUCGCUGUGCCUCCUUUAGGCUGAAAAGACGUUCCUGAAUCAACACUUAAAGUUGAACCUCUGAACUCCGCUGGCCAGACCUUGACCUAGACUGGUUGGGUCAGGAUUACACACACACACACACACACACACACACACACACACACACACACACACACACACACACACACACACACACACACACACACACACACACACACACACACACACACUCACUCACUCACUCACUCACUCACUCACUCAUUCACUCAUUCACUACAAUAACGCCGCAAGAUUCACUACAAAUACAUAAAUGGGAUAAGAUAAGCAUGCCUCAACUGUGGGUGGUUAUCGUGCACUUGCCUGCAUGUAUCCUCCCACACAGUUGUAAGUCGGCGACCGAACGCCAGAUGAAUUAUUUCUUCGCGGGGUGAAGGGGAGGACGAAAGUGGAAGAGCCUCUUCUUGUCAGGGUCAGGGUCGUCGUCCCUCCCACAGGAUACAAGUCCUGUGCUCUGUUAUAUUCCAUGCCUUUGUGUAACCUUUAGUCUGCUUAGUGUUCUGAAGUAUGAUGGUUAAUCCUUGGUUCUGUACAUCAGUGUCAAAAUGUUCAGUGAUAAUUGUAGAUGUUUAGUCAAAAUAAAAUACAACUCUGAUUUUACUGUAUAUG